GGAAAAGGGCACAUUGUGGCUUUUAAAUUGAUCCAGCAUUUCUGCUUUUAAAUGCUGGAGUUUCCUGCAUUGUCAUCACUGGCAUCCGGAGCUGGGUGGACUUUCCGCGGAGAAUCACAACUAAAGCUACACCAACUACCAUGAAAAAACCCAGACUUGCCUGUGACUAUUGCCGGUUGAAGAAGGCCAAGUGCAGCGAGGAGAAGCCAUGUCUGAACUGCGUGAGGAAAGGCAUACCAUGUACAUACAAUCCCGAAGACAAUGCCCCGCCAUCCAAAAUGGAUAGGGCGUUCCAGUCGCUGAAUCGCAAAAUCGAUGAGUUAUCUCAAAAGUUGGAUGUAUUUAUUCUGAAUGGUGCUGAAAUAUCUUUCAGCAAUACAUCUGAUCAGACAGGUGGUUCUUCAAGCAAACACUCAGCUGCCUCUGCCGAAGGUGCUAGGACUUUUGUUCCCAUUAGCGCAGAUGAGAUAUUCACCGAGGAAGAUCUGCUUGCCUCUGUGGUGGAUGAUCUAGUUCCCAUAGUUACUCCGUUCCAGUUCCCAGGAGCUGACAAUGCGGUCACUUCCACUGUUGAUGAGUUAAUACACUCUCAUUCAAGAUGUCAAGCACCAAUAUUGGGCACAAAAGUGAAAGAUAAAACGCUUGAGGGCCUCUUUGAUGAAAACUUUGACAUCCAUUCCGACUCUCCCUACAGAAUUCAGUUCUACGAUGGUUAUCAUGAUACCUUUGAUAAUGUAAUCCUGAACAACCAGGUUUCAAAUGGACGACCUUAUUCAAUGGAUAUUUCCUCGUUAGUUCAAUCCGAGUUUAAGGAGAUAAUGGGAUUAAGCUUGAGGCAAGGAGCCAACCUCAGAGAGCAUUCUGCAAAUCUUCAAGGACGAAUGGAUGUAUCCUUUAUUCCCAAGGGGGGUCUUUCGAUUAAGGCUGACCACGCCGACGAGUUGUUUGAGUCCUACCUUGAGCACAUAUAUCCAUUCUAUCCCAUUGUCUGUGAUAUAACUGUUCGUGGGAUUAGAGAUCAAGUGGAGAAGUCAGGAAUAUCGUUAAACACUGCAAGCUGUGAAUACCUUCUACUUCUUGCUCUGGGUGAGGUCACGCUAACCUCAGAGUCCCACCAUUAUUGGUCCUCAGUGUCAUAUAUCUCGGAUUCAAACUUAUCCUUAUGUCAUGGUGAUAGUGAAGAAAGCGGUGUUGAUAAUGACCGUCUACAACCACCACCAGGUUUUCAGUACUUCUGGCAAGCCUCGGGUAUUAUUAGCAAAUUGAAACUGAUACUCAAACCUGGGUUUGACAAACUGAGCAUUCAACUCCUAGUAUGUAUAUACUACAUGAAAACUUGUCAGUUGAACAAUCUGAAAAGAGAGGUCCUGGAGGGCUCAGAUAUGUUAUUCAAAUUCAUUGAGACGGAGGGAACAAAACACUCACAUCGUGAUAUCUUACCACGGCUGUACUGGGUGUUCUUGAACUUGGAGAGAUACCUGUUCAAUAUGAAACUUUUGGAGAGCUCCUCAGCUUUGGUUGAAGUACAAGACAGAGUUACAAUUCCUCGAGGCUGCAAAUCCGAAUUUAGCUUUGUCAGGGACGCUGAUACGUUUUACUCAAAUUGUUUUAUGCAGAAUAUACUUCUUGCUAAUAUUGAUGACAAGGCUAGGAUAAUGAGCAAAAAACUAGAACAGCCAUCAGGAAACGAGGACUUGACUUUCAACGACUCAUUGAGAAUAUUCAUCAAGUUUGAAAAUGAAUUAAAUAUCUGGAGAGAGAUCUUGCCCUUUAACUUCCAAUGGGAGGAUGAUAUUUCUGUGAGAUCUACACAUCUUGAAAUCGACUUGUUGAAGAUGAAAUACUACUUGUGUUAUGUGACUGUUUGUGAAUUUAUCAUUCAAGAGUACGAGAAGAGAAAGAAUUCAUGGGUCAUAUCUGAUGAAAUCUCAAAAUUGUACAUUGGACAAAUACAGCUACUCAUCGAAAAAGUGCUACAAUUUUCUAUUAAGGCGCAAAGCAUAUUCAACCGACAAGCCCUAACUGAUCUCGACCCGGUGAUAUGCUCCUGUGUCUUGAACUGCAUCUUUUUCGUGUUAUCAUCAGCAACAAUAACUAAGUACCGUUUCAAAUAUUCAGCAGAUUUCAAAAGGGUUUUGAACGGGAUGGCAUGUACGAAAAAGAAGGUGUUUUGUUUCACUCUGCAUUCGCCAGCAUUAUUCUACAAAUGGCAAAAGCUAGAAGAAGCCAUAAAGAUCUUAUAAAUGUAACUCUGAUAUCAAACUAUACUAAACU